AUGGUUGAGAAUCGAUGCUUCUAUUGUUUGAAACGAUUCCACCAUUUGUUCAUUGACUGUUUUGAUUGCAGAGGUGUAAAACUUUGUCUUUUUUCGAAGCUGGUCAUCACAAACGUUCUCAUCGCUAUAACAUUAAAGUACUGUCUUUUCUCACCAGAAGUAUUGUCUAAGUUCACCCAAGUAACUAAUGGUGGUGUGUGCAUUAUAAAUGGAUGGUCAGAUGCUGAGGAACUUGAGUUGCUGUACGCAAUAGAGCAAUAUGGAUUAGGGAAUUGGGAAGACAUUUCAGACAAGUGCUCUCAUCAUGGCCCUCAAGACUGCUAUGAACAUUAUGCGAAUUUCUAUUUGCGAGGUCCUCUAGCUGCUACGGGGUGUGGGCAUGUGUCUCAACUAAACUCGGUCAACGAUCAUACAUCUUCUUCGCCAGUGGUCAGUCGAGAGAAGCCUGUACUAUUAGAACCUGUAGAGCAGCAGCUUUUGGGAUAUAUGGUACUGAGAGAUGAUUUUGAAAGGGAUUACGACAACGAUGCUGAGAGUCUGCUUACGAGGUUAAGUGUGCGUUCGGACUGCGAUGAUCUAGAGGACGCUUUGCAUGUGGCACAUGUUAACAUCUACACUCAGCGCCUUCAGGAGCGACAAAAACGCAAAGAAAUCGGCAGAUCACAUGGACUCAUAUAUCAGUUGUCAGCGUAUUUGACUUACAAAACGCCUAAGCGACGGCAACAAAAAGUUGAUUCUAGAACUUCACUUUUACCCUUGGGCCAUCGUCAUAAACUUGCUCCGAUUCCUCGAACGACCAGGAAGAAGCUCACACCUCAGUCGAGUCCCACCUCUCCACCAGCCGGAAGUUGGUUGGCUGCGCCUUUCGCACUCCAAUCCUCCGGUCCUACUCGAGGGAUUCCUCUAGUCGUUCCCGGCGUUAUUUCGCUGCCCCAAGAACAUUACUGUAAAUCAUCGGAUUUGGAAGAUUAUGACCCUUUUAAUAUUAAUGAGAAACUCAAACCAUUCCUUCGGUACUUCACACCUACACAGGCGAACGAGUUUCUGAGAAACUUGCACCGUGAGGAGGUUUUGAAGCAUGAAAUCAGAUACCUUUUCAAUGUUCUUCAAAAAAGUGGCCACAGAACGUCAAACUCGUCUCGGAUCACCUCUCCCCUUAAAGCACUAUCGGAAUUACGAAGCCAGGUCUACGUUCCAGCACCAUUGAAUACCGAGCCGAUGCACCCGCUGCUCUCCGGGCUCCCUGGUUUUGGUAGUACCGCUCCACUCUCACCUCGGCGAUCUAUCACAGCUGUUUUGCGCUCUUCUACAGCAGCUGCUGCGGCAGCUGCCGCUGCAAUUGCUCACCGUAAUGCACAGAGGCGGCGUCAACGUCGAAGACACACCAAUUCAAAGCCUUGCCAACUGUUGCAUGACGGUUAUGGAGUAUUUGCUUUAAGUCUGAAAAAGAUACUGAUUCCGAACUGUGAAACCGUUGCUUCAAACAAGUUGCUAAAGCUUGUUAAGCUUGGUCUUGCUGUGUCAAAGUGUACAUUUUCGCUCUUUAUUUACCAAUUUUUAGACUUGGAGGACUCGGAUUUGAGUAAAGACUUUACCCAUAUUGCUCAUGCGUUUCAACCAAGUCAUCACAAUAACUCCUCAUUUUUCUCGAACUCCUCUUCAUCUUCUAAUAAUCAGUCGAUUGACCAGUCGCCUCAACAGUCGCUUCAACAGAAUGGAUCACAGGGUGCGCAAUUUACCCUUGGGGUAAAUCAGUCCCUAAAGUUGGAGCCUGGCGACCAUGCUUUUAAUUCCCUUCAUCUGCCUCUUGGAGCCUACCAAAGGCAAUGGGCUCAGAUGGCAAACAGAAAUACUAUUAACUUAGAUGGCGAAAUUCAUGAACUUCCGGGAGAUGGAAGCCCGAACAAGCUUUUCGAGUGCUCCUUGUGCGGUAAAGUUUUCAAUCGAAGGGACAAAGUCAAGCGUCAUCUUAGCGAGCUUCAUCACGCCUUGCAAGGUCGCCUUCCUUUAUUUACUGCGUCGCCACCACAAUCGAAGUCAGCGAGCCAGCAGCAGUCUGCAUCGCAGCAGGUCUCCCCUGUCACAGUAGUGAAUACUACGCCUGUGUCUUCGUCGUCGUCGCCAACAACACCAGCUCAGGUUAGCGUCGCUUCUCCUCCUGCCACUGUCACUGCUUCCACGACUGCUGCCGUCACCUCCUCGAGCUCCAGCCGUGGCAUGUUUCCAAUCUUUCCAGUUUUCACGAGUCCAAGCGCAACUCCGUGGCCCUCCAGUACCUCUUCGACUGCCAAUCCGACUGGAACUACCGCUUCGACCAAGUCAGCAGUCGCCGACCCGGCCACGGCUACUGUCACCGCCACCUCUGUGGAGUCAUCCACACCACCCUCUACUGCUCCUUCAUCCACCUCCAACGCCCACGGCAUUUUCCCAAUGUUCCCUGUCUUCAGUCAAACUCUUGUUGGAUUUCAGAUUAGAGACCAUGGUGAACCUGAAUUUCAUAUUAUCUAUCUGUUGUGGUCAAUUUAUUUGCAGAAACGUCAUCUUCGACUUCGUGCUCUUUGGCAGUCGCUCCUUUUGCAGCUUCAAAUAAUGCCGUGUUUCCCACUCCUGCACCUACCUUCACUCCAGGCAACAACUGCACCUUAUCACAGUGGUUACACUUCAAUGAAUACUCCGACAACCAAUGCACCAAGCCAAUCAACUUGCAGCGAAUCAACAUCUCUCACUCGGAUGUUGUUGUAA